UUCUGAAUAGGCAGCAGUUCACCUCGUGAUCUGCUUCACUCCGCUUUUUAUUCCUCUCUCCGUGUCACCGGCUGAAAGUUUUAAUAAGUGAUCAUUAUGAACACUUUGUUUUUGUUUGCUUUACUGUCAGCAGCUUCAGCUUUUCAUGUGAUUGAAGACGAGUUUCACUUCAAAUCAUGGAUGGUGCAGCACAACAAAGUGUACGACAUGAAGGAGUACUAUGAGAGACUCCAGAUAUUCACUGACAACAAAAGGAGGGUUGACAAACACAAUGAAGGAAAUCACUCUUUCACAAUGAGGCUGAACCAGUUUUCAGACAUGACAUUUGGUGAAUUUCGAAAGACUUUCCUCUGGUCUGAGCCACAGAACUGCUCCGCUACCAGGGGGAACUUCCUCAGCAGCAACGGACCACAUCCAGACUCCAUCGACUGGAGAAAGAAAGGAAAUUAUGUGACAACUGUAAAGAAUCAGGGAGGAUGUGGCAGUUGCUGGACUUUCUCCACAACCGGCUGUUUGGAGUCUGUAAUCGCUAUCAAAACUGGGAAGCUCGUACCACUGUCAGAACAACAGAUGGUAGACUGCGCCCAGAACUUCAACAACCAUGGAUGUAAUGGCGGCCUCCCAAGUCAAGCAUUUGAAUACAUCAUGUACAACAAGGGACUGAUGACAGAAGAGGACUACCCAUACACAGCUUUUGAGGGUGACUGUGUGUACAAACCAGAGCAGGCAGCAGCUUUUGUGAAGGAUGUGGUGAACAUAACAGCAUACGAUGAGAUGGGGAUGGUCGAUGCAGUCGGCACACGCAAUCCUGUCAGCUUUGCAUUUGAGGUGACCUCUGACUUCAUGCAUUACUACCAGGGCGUGUAUACCAGCACUGAAUGCCAUAAAACCACAGACAAGGUGAACCAUGCUGUGUUAGCUGUCGGGUAUGGAAAGGAAAAUGGCUCCCCUUACUGGAUAGUGAAGAACUCAUGGGGACCCACCUGGGGGAUUGACGGAUACUUCCUCAUUGAACGUGGGAGUAACAUGUGUGGACUCGCUGCCUGCUCAUCUUUCCCAGAGGUGUGAUUUCUGCGUGAUAGCAAACUACAAAAGGGCUGAAAAGGGAGCCAAAAAGUGAUUUUUUUAUAUAAUCAAUCAAUCAAACUCUAUGUACAGUGGGUUUUUGCAAAAUGGAGUAAGCACUAAUAUGACAGAUCAUAGUCAUAUCCAGAUUAAUCAAUAAAUCUGAAAUGAUCACUUAGGUGCCAGUAAUUAAAUGUAUUCAAUGUAGUUUGUUUGUUUGUAUUCGCAAAUAAAAUCUAUUAAAUCUG